AUGCGGUGCCCCCUCCAAUUCAUCCCUAUACUCGCCGCGGUCUCUGCGACCGACGUGCUCAUGUUCCUCGGCAGGAAUGACUGCACUAGCGGCCACGUCCUCUGUAGGAACAUCAAUCCUGGUGCGUGCUGUCGCAGCAGCUUGGCUGUGUUCUUCCAGUCCCUUGCAAUCGAGGCUGUUCCUGAGGGUGUUGAGGCCACUCUGUAUGGGGCCCGUGACGGAUUCUGUGCAAACAAAACCCCAAUGCCCCCGGGACGAUCUUGUCUUCCCGGGAUGUGGUCCGGUGCAGGUUGGACCAUUGCAACUGGGACAGUCAACACGAAAGACCGAGAGGCAGACUGUCAGGAGGCCGACCUGCUUAUUCUGGAGGAUGGGACUGCUCAUUCUCUUGUUGAUGUGACGGAGGAAGAGCUUAUGCAACUGGUGAGUGCUCUUCGGAAGGGAACACUUGGAUCGCGUGAUCAAUCAAUCAUGAUGGAUACAUCGACUCUUUUGCUAAUACGUGAUUUACUAACCAUUGACUACUCACCUAGGCUUGAGAUGAAUACCUCUGGUGUAUAA